UAUCUGUGCAAGCGGACCAUGCAGAACAAAACUCGGUUGGAGCUGGCGGACUACGAGGCUGAGAAUCUUGCACGGCUUCAGAGGGCUUUUGCCAGGAAGUGGGAGUUCAUCUUCAUGCAGGCUGAGGCACAGGUCAAGAUCGACAGGAAAAAGGACAAGACGGAGAGAAAGAUUCUGGAUAGUCAGGAAAGAGCCUUCUGGGAUGUUCAUCGCCCUGUGCCAGGAUGUGUCAACACCACAGAGAUGGACAUCAGAAAGUGUCGCCGCCUCAAGAAUCCCCAAAGAGUAAAAAAGUCUGUGUACGGUGUAGUGGAUGACACGCAUACGCAGAGUCCUGUACACACACCUUCACAACAGAUCAACAAGGACACCAGAGAGGACGUAGAGAAAGAGAUUCUGUUCUUGAACACUCAGUUGGAUCGACACUGUAUGAAAAUGUCCAAAGUAGCUGAGACAUUGAUGAGCUACACGGAUCAGUAUCUCGAGUAUGACCCCUUUUUGUCAGUACCUGACCCAUCUAAUCCCUGGAUCGGGGAUGACGUCACUUUCUGGGAACAAGAGGCCAGGUAUGAAAACCACAACAACACCUCCGUCUUUGUAAGAGGACACUUGUGA